GUGGAAUCCUUUUAUGGUCACCUAUGGCAACUCUAUAUAAAGCUUGGAGUAAGCAACAUAUAUGGUCAUCUAUAGCAUCGAAAAUAUUAGAAAAAUUAAGCAGAAUCAGAGCCCCAUAGUGCGGUUGCGAAGAUGCCCCUUUCCGUGCCAAAAUCUGUGAGUGGGACUUAUACGGAAGGGCAGCUGAAGGCCAUCUUCAAAGAGCACGAUGCCAACGGCGAUGGUCGGCUUAGCAAGGAAGAGAUGAAGAAGGCGUUUCAACAACUGGGUUCUCGCCUCCCCGGAUGGAGGGUCCGCCGGGCGCUUCACCACGCUGAUGCUAAUGGUGAUGGUAGCAUCAGUGUGGAUGAGCUUGAUGAGCUUGUCAAAUAUGUUGGUCAAUUUGGUUAUAGUAUUCAGUAGAAAGAAAUCUCUUUUUCUUGUUAUACCCUUUGCAAGAAAUUAUUAAAGGGUUUUGUUAUUAUAAGAAAUUAAUGUUCCAUAUGCAAGUUUAUGCAUAUGUGAUCCAGCUUGUUGCCUGUUAUAAUAAGAUUCAAGCUAGCUUAAUUAUACUA